GACUAUAAAUACAUGAUUAUUGUGUGGCUCUAUGCAAAACCAAAACUGUUCUAUCAUAUUAUACUCUCAUUCACUGAUUAUAUUCCUAAUAAUCAUAAGAUGAUGAAGCCCAUUUUUGUUGCAUUUUUGCUUUUGGCUUCCCUAAUCUUCCUUCCUUCUUCAACUUUAGCUGCUCGAAUACUAGCACACAAUCAGCGUGGUGAUGAGAAAGAAGCAUAUAGAAUAGGAGGAAGAACAGCUCUUAAUCCAAAUGGAAGAGGACAUGCUUAUCCAGAAGGAAUGGGAAGAGGAGGUGGAGGAGGACAUUCUAGUCCUUUUGUAAACCCUACUCCUGUUCCUUCCUAUAAACGAUGCAGCGCUAAUAAUCCAUACCAGGGUGAACCUUGCCGCCCCCCAGCCACCAAAUAAUUAAGCAUUAUCUAACACUUCAUUAAUUAAUUGAGGUCAAAGAAGAAGCAUAUGUUUUUGUUUUACUAGCCAGUAGAAUAAUCGAACUCAAUGUACGUUUUUUAUUUCUGUGGAAGAGUGCUGAUAUAUGCGUUCAGCUUUGAGUUUGUUGUAAUAGUGCUUAUGAAAUAAAACCAUAUAUUGGCCUGCUUCAAUUUUCAGGGCUUGUGAAAUAAAACCGCUACUUUCUGCUACUUA